GUCAAAGGGGGGUUACAAUACCACGCCUUGUCACGUACGUCACCUCAGUCACGUUACAUUGCCGGCUUGUCUCCUUUUAAAUCCAGGAACAGGCGCACAUAGUGGAGAUUGAAAUGCCGGUAUAGUUCUGGGACUAACAAUUUAUUUAUCGAUUAACAAAUGUAAAUAUCGACGCUUUCUGGAGGAGUACUUUAAAACCCCGUGUUAAUUUAUACAUUUUUUGGGGGCAUUGGAGAAUUCAACAUUGUUGCAAUAUAUAUUAUAUCUGCGUUGUGAUUAGUAACUUUUUAUUUUACAAUUCUUUUUCGAAACGCGUCUUAUAGUGAUAGCCUAAAUCCCCCAGUUACUGAAACUUUUUGGUUUUUUUUAAACCGCGAUGCCCAGGGAGCUUACACGAAAUCGAAUCCAAAAAAUCUGGAUUUCUUCAAGGGAUGAUAAACCCGCUAUACCUUGCAGUUCCGGUGGCCCCCACCUGACAAACUCACCCACUGUGAUAGUCAUGGUCGGACUGCCUGCUCGUGGGAAGACCUACAUUGCAAAGAAACUGACACGCUACCUCAACUGGACUGGAGUCCCUUCUAAAGUGUUCAAUGUCGGGGAAUAUCGUAGAGAAGCAGUCAACUGUAAUUCGUAUGACUUCUUCAGACCAGAUAAUCAAGAUGGAAUGAAAAUAAGAAAGCAAUGUGCCUUAGCUGCUUUGAAAGAUGUCAGAUCCUACCUUUCUGAGGAAGGUGGCCAGCUUGCUGUCUUUGAUGCUACCAACACAACAAGGGAGAGGAGAGACAUGAUCCUUAACUUUGGCAAAGAGAAUGGAUUCAAGGUGUUUUUUGUUGAGUCUGUCUGUGAAGAUCCAAGUGUUGUUGAGACAAAUAUUAUGGAAGUCAAGGUGUCUUGUCCAGAUUACAAAGACUGCAAUAGAACAGAUGCCAUGGACGAUUUCCUCAAGAGAAUAGAAUGUUACAGGGCUUCAUAUCAACCUCUGGAGCCAGAUCACUAUGACAAGGACCGUUCUUUCAUUAAAGUGAUCGAUGUUGGUCGGAGGUUUUUGGUGAACCGUAUCCAGGAUUAUAUCCAGAGUAAAAUUGUUUACUACUUGAUGAACAUGCAUGUCCAGCCUCGCACCAUUUAUCUGUGUCGCCAUGGAGAAAGUGAGCACAACCUCCGGGGCCAGCUUGGGGGAGACUCUGAGCUGUCUCCCAGGGGGAAGAAGUUUGCGAGGGCUCUGUCAGGAUAUCUUAAGGAGCAGAACCAGAAGAAUCUCAAGGUAUGGACAAGCCAGCUAAAGAGGACCAUCCAAACUGCAGAGGCACUGGACAUGCCUUAUGAACAAUGGAAAGCACUUAACGAGAUUGACGCUGGGGUGUGCGAGGAAAUGAAUUAUGAAGAAGUCAAGGAGAGGUACCCUGAGGAAUUCGCUUUACGUGAUCAGGACAAAUAUCAUUACCGCUAUCCAACUGGGGAGUCCUAUCAGGACCUGGUCCAGCGCUUGGAGCCGGUCAUCAUGGAGCUGGAGAGACAGGAGAAUGUUGUUGUGGUGUGUCACCAGGCUGUCAUGAGGUGUCUCCUGGCUUACUUCCUGGACAAGAGCGCAGAUGAGAUGCCCUACCUCAAGUGUCCUCUCCAUACAGUACUGAAACUGACUCCUGUUGCAUAUGGCUGCAAAGUUGAAUCCAUUUAUUUGAAUGUCAAUGCAGUAAACACCCACAGGGACAGACCAGAGGAUAUAAAGAAGGGACCUAGCACUUUAAUGAGGCGCAAUAGUGUUACCCCGCUGGCAAGCCCUGAGCCUACCAAAAAGCCAAGAAUGAACAGCCUAGAUGAUCAUAUAUCAUCGACUUCAUCUGCUCUGCCUGUGCACAUCGCCUCUGACAUCCCCACUUCUGUACCUGGACAACCUUGGCUUGGCAAAGCUUGCUUGCGAACAGUUUUCCUUUUAUCUCAAAGUUUUCUCCUCACUAAUAUUUCAAAGAACAUGAAAAGACCUUCAGACCUACCCGAGGCAACGCAGGCUUACCACUGAACCCCUGAACCACCUGCUUGUAAUUCAACCUUUCAACCUUCAUUUGGGACAUUGUUUAAUGUUGAACCCUACGAAUGCACAGGGCUUUUCUUUGUUGCAUCUUCUGAUCAUCUGGACUGGGCUGGAUGUAUUAUAUCAAAAUGCAUUGACCAUUUUCACAUCUAUAUAAACGAAAUGAAAUGUCACACCAUUGUAAUAAUUUGUAAGUGCUUAUAGUACACAAAUUCCAUUUUUUUUGUAAAUAAGAAAAAUCUCAUUGUAGAGAUCUUGCUGGAUAUUUGUAAAUAGUGUAUAUAUGGUGUAAGUGAAUGUUAGAGUAAACCAAGCUAAAAUGUUUGUGGUAAGCUGUUCAUAAAAUGCUACAGUCUUGGUGCAUAGGACUGCUAUUUCUCAUGAUCCUAAGUGUCCAGUAUAUACAACCUAACGAAUAGAAGAAUGCUAACUUUGCUCUAGGCAAAUAAGUCCUUUUAAAAAUGUAAGCACAGUGCUUGAUGAAAAUAGUAUUCUGAAAGCCUAUUAAAAGCUGCCUAUUUAGCAAUUGUUUUAAAAGGGCCACCAUUGUGAAUAUGCCUGGUGACUCACGUUUACAGCAAACCUAAACUCUACACAAUCUACUCGAUUGCACUUUACAUAUGAACGCCGAUAUUUUUCAAAAUUGCACCGUAUAGCUGAAGUCUUCGUGAAUCCAUAUAAGAGUAUUUUCUAGGACUGAUUUUUUUUUUUUACUAUUCUAGGUAGUAGUUGAUGUGUCUGACUCCUAGGGUUCUGUUUUUAUCAAUGCUUUUUAACUAGUGUUUUUAAUUAUACCUUUAAGAGAGAUUUACAGUCAAAACUAGCACAAUACAUUUUAAAUACCCUGCACUCCACCAAAGUUUCUUACCAGUUCUGUAACAUUACCAACAGUAAACUGCUAUUAUGAAUGGGAUGCUAGAUUCCUUUUUGUGUGAGAUAAGAUUGUUCUAGCCAAUUGAAUGUAGAGUUGUCUUGAUCCCUAAGAGGACGUGUCAGUUUGGGAAUAGACUGGACUGAUCCAGUAUCUCUUGAGGUUCUUAACAGGUUGCUGAUAGCUUUACACUCAAAUGACAUGUAAAUGUUCAUUGUUACCAAAAACAUUUUUUUGUGGUACCAGCCUGUCACUAACAAAGGGCCUGCUUAUCGUAAAGGGUGGCUGUAAUGGGUGAGUGCAAUUCUGAAUCUGUUGUAUUCAUUUUUAUCUUUUACUGUUUGUAGUUCUUUGUUUUCUUCUCCCUGUUAAUUUGUAUUGUUUUUUUGUAAACUAGGAGUUCCUUAAUUGUUAUUUGUUUGGGAAGAGUUAUUCAAUGCAAGUCACCAAACUUUGUAGUUUAAAGGGGCUGAAAAAUAAAUGUAUUUAAUUGAAAAGAAGCAAUAUUUUUUAUUAUUGUUUUGUGUCACUGCACUCUAUGUAUGAGUUUUGAACAUGCAAAAUCUGGAUAAACAAGCAGGAUAUUUUUCUAACUUUGAGAUUGCAGUAUUGAAUAUUACCUUGCCCUUUAGAGAUGCUAUAUGCCAUCAAGUGGUUAUUGUUCAGAAAAGUUAACCACAGUGCCUAGUGCUUCUGUCUUGCACAGUAAACAUUAAACAUUGCUUUGUAAAUGAAGUAGCAGCAAUUCAUCUGGAACUUUGGUCCAUAUCUAAUUGUUGAACAUUGCAAUUGGCAGCCUACUGUUGUAAUGUAAUUGUUUGUUCUCCUAAUAUUUUCCUGUAUUUCCUUUAUCUUUGAUUGCAGAACUGAAAAGAUCUGUGUAUUAAUGUAUUUUUGAAAUUGGCCUAAACACUUAAGUAUAUACUGUCAAUGUUUCAAAUACAUUUACCUUUUUAAGGAGAUGGUGCAUGUCAAGCUUGAUUUAAAUGACAGCAUAUUUUAUUUGACUAUUUUAAAAAUAGACUUUUUUUUAAUGACUAGUUUUAAAAAGUGUGUUUCUGUUUUGAUUCUAAUUUUUAUUUAUUUGCAUGUAAACGUUUUAGUUUUAAUUGCAGAAGAGUAGAUUUAUCUUUGUUAAAGCUGUACUGAACAAGCUGAAAAGUCAUACAGUGAGGAUAUAUUCACUAGGGACACUUCUGUGCCCAUAGAUCUUUUGGGUUUGUCUCUAUUUAAAGUAAAUUGGAUUACUGUGUUCUGUUAUCCAACAGCCCAUUAGAAACCUCGACCUGUCAAAGCAAGUAUUUUAACUUCAUGCAAUUUUGGCAUUUAUGUGCUUAUUUGUACUUUUGAAUUUUUCCUUUUUUCUUUUUUUGUAUCCUGCACAGCCUGGAAUAUUUGUUUUCUGAUUCGCUGGCAUAUUACUUGUUUUCUGUUCUCUAUAUAAUUGUCUGAGUUAUACCUGAAAUAAAAUAAAACAAACAAAAAAAACAUG